UCUGCGGUUCAUAUAAAAACAAACGCAUUUGGACGCCAAAUUUGUUGUUAAAAUUAAUUCAACUGCGUGCGUGCGCCCAAUUGUGUCGGUGUGUGCGUUUGUCUAUUGUGCAUUAAUAAAUGAUUAGUAAAUCAUAAAUAAGUAAAGCUGAAAGGCAAACACGCAAAUACUUGCGAAAAUUAUUAUCGCCAGCUGCAGGCAAGUUGUAAUUAACAAAAAGUGAAACCAUAAAAGCAAAGAAAGUGAAACGAAACCAAUUGUGACUUAAAAAACUAAACGAGCAACCCACGCGCAUGUUGCAGGUGUCGCGUGUUUCUGGCUUAUUAAAACAUAACGACAACUGAGAAAAAAAAAACACACAUUUAAAUACAUGAUGGCAACUGCAGAACGUAGCUGAGUAUUUGGCAUACUAAUUGGAACAUGUCGCUGCGCAGCAACAAGUUGCAAAGCCAACAAUCAACGGGCAGCAACAGCGGGGGCAACGGGGGCAACAUGUCGUACCAGCAGCAGCAGCAACAGUUGCUCGCGCAGCUGCAGCAGCAGCACAAGUUCCAGGCACAGCAGCAACAUCAGCAACAGCAGCAGCAACAGCAGCAGCAGCAGCAUCAGCUGCAACAGCAGCUCUCCAAUGGAGCUGGCUCCAAGUACAUGAACAGCAAUACGAGUCGCAACAAUCUGGCAACACUGGUCGCUGCCAUCAACGGGCACGAUCAGUCGGAAGGGCCGCCCGGCUCGCACGGCAGCGGCGGCGGCGGCGGCGGCGGCUAUCAGCUGUCGCCGGCGGCUGCCACACGCGUCACGCACGCCCCACCGCUGGGUCCGCCCUCCUACAGCGCUGCCACCGCGCAACAGCCCGCGUUCGCCUACUUCAGCCAGCAGCAACAUGCGGCACUUGCCUACCAGCAACAUCAGCAACACCAACAACAGCAGCAACAACAACAGCAGCAGCAACAACAGCUGUCGCUGCCACCGCCGGAUCUCACGGAUGGCAUAGAUCAUCAUCCGGGCUCGUUGUCGCCGCCGGAUUCACCCAAUGCCGCCUCGAGCGCUGAGCUGGAGCAGCAGCUGUGCGUUGUGGCCAAGAUGCAGAAGUCGGUGACAAUAACUGUGACGCCGCAGCGCAGCAAUUCCAUGGAUUUCCUUAACUUUGAGGAAAAACGUCAGCUAAUUGCCUCUUCGUUGUCCCUCUCUGAUAUUUUGCACAGCCAAAAUCAAGGCAAUGCCAAGGAAUCGAAUGCAAUCAAUGCGAAUGGUGCCAAGAAACAAAAUGGCGCCGCCAUACGCACAAACAGCCUGGGCUCUGGCACCCGCACCCCGCCCCUGGAGCGCAAAAGCAAACUGAGCGCUUUGGGCAGAUUCUUCAAGCCCUGGAAAUGGCGCCGAAAAAAGAAGAGCGAAAAAUUCGAAGCCGCCUCCAAAUCACUGGAGCGCAAGAUUUCUGUACGUGCCAAUCGCGAUGAGUUAGUGCAAAAGGGCAUCCUGCUGCCGGAGAGUCCGCUGGGCAAUAUACCAGAGCCGGGCGAGGAGUCAUACUACAAUAGUGGAGCCAGCGCGAAUGGCUCUCUACUCUCAGCCGUCCACAAUAAUUCCAUAAAUCAAGCCAACAAUUCCAUUAAUGCCACGACCUAUGGCAGCGCCGGCAAUUCGCUGCUCUCACAACAACAACAGCAACAACACCAGCAGCAGCAGCAACAGCAGUCGGGAGGCGGGGGCGUGCCCAACUCGAUAUCCGUGCAACAGUUCAAUGCAAAUUCCAUGCUCAAUGGCGCCAGCCUCAAUCAACAGAAUUCCAUUGCCAAUGGCGGCGGCGGCGGCGGCAACGAUGGCGCCUCGGACACAUCCUCGCUGAGCGGCGGCGUGCCCCAUUCACAAUCGGCACCACAGCAGCUGGGCGUCGGGCAGCAGACGGCGCCACCGCUGACACCGCUCGCCCAGCAUCAUCAGGCGCUGGCAGCGCAGCUGCAGCAGCGAUUCGCCAUCAGCAAUAAUAACGAACCAAGAAAAGACAAGACUGAUGCACAACAACACGGUGGCAAUGGCACAUUAUCAACACCGAAUAUUGAGCAGCCAACAUGCCAGGGCUCCAUGCUGCCACCACCUGGCGGUGGCGGCGGCGGAGGCGGUGGCGGCAUGCACCAGCAGCAGCAAUACAACCAGACCGAUUCCAAUAAUAAAGUGGAGCGACCCAAUACUCUGGGCGGCAGCAACAAGCUGUCGCGGCGAGGAGUCAACAUUUGCUACCACAACGAGCACUAUGGCGGCGACGAUGGCAAAAUGGUGGGUGGACCGCCGGGCAGCACACCACCGCCAUAUGCUGGCGGCAAGCUGCCGCCGGGCGUGAUGCUCAGCGAGCUGCCAGAGCCGCCGAUACCGGUAUCGGAAAUUGGACCCAUCCCACCGCCGCCGAUGUUCUCCACGCCGAGCCCGACGCUCAUCGCUGGACGACCGCACGGGCCAGGCGCUAUAAACGAUCAGGAUUACCAGCAGGACUACGACUAUGAUGAUCACGAUCCCGACCAGGACGAGCUCGACUCCGAUGAUGAGUACGCGCCGUACGGCGGCAACCAUGUGCGCGUCAUGGAUACGCAGCGCGUCGAGGAAAUUCCAGCCAAAGAGCCAAAACCAAAUGCAGUUCCUCUAAAGUCGGCGCUGAAGAAAAAGGUCGGCAUCUCCGGCAACGCCAAUUCCGCCUCCACGCCAGUCACGCCCACACAGGAGCAUCACAGCGCCGCAACAGCUGCUGCCAUUUCCAAUAGCAAUGGCGGCAUUGGCUCCAUGGCGGCCGCAGCCGCUGCAGCGGCCCAGCAGUCGGCCAAUCAGCGUCCACUCGUGGUGCGUCAGGAUGCGGCGGGCAACAACUAUUCGCUCAAGCCUAUACUACGACCACGGAUUAGAAUAUGCAGGCAGCAAAUGUUCAAUAUCCAACUGCCGUGCACCGUGGAGAACAAGGAGAACACGCGGCCGUUUGUGAUAAGGGAGAGCAGCAGCGAUAGCGAUGAGAGCGAUGGUCACAUUGUCUAUCGGGACGAUGACAAUGAUAAUACACGGCUGGCCAAGCUGGCGCGCAAGGAGUCGCUGUCAUUGAAGCUGCAGCUGCGACCAGACAAACAGGAUCUGAUCAAUCGCAAUAUAUUGCAUCAGGUCAACGACAAUGAGAUCAAGGAGUCCAAGGAGGCAAUUGGGGCGCGCCUAAUCCGACGGCUAUCAAUGCGACCCACCGCCGAGGAGCUGGUGGAGCGCAAUAUUCUAAAAACUCAAUCACCCGCCGAGGAGAAGAAGCAGAAGGAGGAGAAGAAAUCGUAUUUACUGCGCAAACUCAGCUUUCGGCCCACCGUCGAGGAGCUCAAGGAGAAGAAGAUCAUACGCUUCAACGAUUACAUUGAGGUAACGCAGGCACAUGAUUACGAUCGACGGGCGGAUAAGCCAUGGACAAGACUGACGCCAAAGGAUAAGGCUGCCAUACGCAAGGAGCUGAACGAGUUCAAGUCCUCCGAAAUGGCAGUCCACGAGGGCAGUCGCCAUCUGACGAGAUUCCAUAGGCCAUGACGAUUGCAAUGGCAGCAACUUUCCAACAAAUUACAGCAACAACAACCCAAACAAUUGUAUUUUGUGCAGCAUAAAAUUGUCAACAAAUAUUUAAAAGCAAAACAUUAAGAAACAACAAAAACAAAAAAACUCAAAAAA